AUAUUAUAAAUCACCACAAAAUAUCCUCAUUCACUAUAAUUUACGCAUAUCUGGUUUAAAUCGGUUAAACAUUACCGAAAUGACAAAUAAAAUGUCACUAUAAAAAAACAACAUGGCGCCUCGUUGAUUAAACGUCAAUCAGUGCUUCAGUGUUUCGCCGCCAACAAGCUUUACUGGCGCUGGCGGCGCUUUAUUAAAGACUUAUUCAGGGUGGCCCUCGAUUUAAAAAAAAAUAUCACCAUAAUAAUUUCCUUGCCGUGUGCCAUAUCGAAGACAAUAGAAAUAAUUAAAAAAAUAAAUAAAAUCUUAAGCCGUCGCACACCUUACGUCAAUUAUUCGUCCCUAUUAUGUCAACCGGCGAACCGACAGUCGAAAUAAACAAAAGUACAACGCCCCGAGACAAAAGAAGCAUUAUUACCUAAUUACCAUAAUCAUUAUGGUAAUAUUUCAUGGGCAAAUAAUCAUACAAUACGCUUAUUAGCAUAAAAUUUCAUUAGUUCCUUACCCACCUUUAAAUAUUUCUGAAUCAGAAGACACUGUGUGUGUGUGUGUGUAAUAGGAUUGUUUACUUUCUAGGAUCCACGUACCGAAGUACUUUGCUCUCUUUUCAACACGUGCGAUUAAUAUAGUGUGGUAUGUCUUGGACUAAGCAUUCCGUUGCCAAAUUUCCCUUUAGUAUAAGAUGCUUAAAUAUUGAACUGGCCCCAGGAAGCAACCAAUGAGGCAAUUAAAACACAGCGUAAAAAGAAACGUUCAAUUUUCAAAAAUUUAGCAAAUAAGAUAUAAUAAACAACCAAAUUUAUAACGAAUCAUAACAUAACAACUUAAUAAAUGUGAACGAUUUUCCGAACCAGUUCAACUUGAAAGCGGUGUAUAAAAACGGCAUUCUUCACGGGGUCAUUCGUGCGUCGCGUCGCGCAACUCGGCAACGCCGCCCGACUUCAAAACAUUGAAAAUGGCGUCGUUAUGAUUCGGAAUCCCGUCGGUCGCCCUUAUCUCGUUUUCGAAUCGGUUUAAAUAAACAAAUAGAGGCGAACCGGUGCCGAAAUCCCGCUUAAAUGUUAACAACGUUCAAUAAACAACAGGGAAACGGUAAGAAAUCGGUCGUAUUCAGCCAACAAAUGCGCGAAAAUCCCCGGUGAAAAUGUAAUGUUCCCUUUGUUCCGGACGCGGUUGUGCAAGUGUCCAUGUUUGAUCUUCAUUUGUUGUUUUUUUAUGGGACAGUUUAAUAUUGUUGCUGGUAUUCGCCUUCUAUGCCCUUUCGUCUGGAUACACUAAGGAUACCCUCUUAGCAGCAGACACGUAAAGGUUUAAGGAGUGCUGGUUGCUGUAUAGGAUCAUAUAUAUAUAUAUAUGGAAAAGCACACUCUCACUUAAUAGGAGCCCUUUUAGAUUCACCCAAUAAAUGACCCACCACCAUCUUCAGCGAUGUUAAACACCGCUCGAUAAUGACGUCACUGCCCCCCACCACUACCACCACCACCAGCGCAAUGACCACCCUCGACUGUGCAGAAGCAGUUGAACCGACGCCACCCCAGUCAGGUCGAGCCGGGGGUGAGAACCGGAAAGUACGUCGGUGCAAACGGGUCUACGGCCGUAAUAGAGGGAGAUCGCAACAUAACGGCCCUAUAACGGAGAUAAUUAACGUUAACGCGUCGAUCGGUGCCACGAACGAGCGUUUAACGUCGUGCGAUAGCGACUUAUUAGAACCUAAAAAUGUCUGUGAUCAAUUUUUAUUUAAAGACUGUAAUUUAGCGUUUAGGUUAGCGUUUACGGUUACGCGUAAGUUAUUUGUGUGCCUAUACUCUCUGAUGUGCGGGAAGUCGUCGAUUUCGUUAGUUUUAACGUUAGCGUUUGCGGUGGUGUUGAGUGCGGGUCGUGUCAGCGCUUGGGCGAACGAGCUGGAUAAAACCGAACAAUUUUUGGAUAAAAUCAAUUUGGAGGAGAAGAGUAUCGCGGCGGUGUUUAAUAAGGUCGCGUAUGGGAGUACGACGAAGAGGAGUAUACCGGAUAACUCGUAUCCCGUUACCACCAUGGCUACCAUGUUAUUAACCACUUUCAGAUACUCGGACGGCUCGGAGGAGUGGGCACGCGUCGACAUUAAAAACCGCAACUCGAACCAACCGGAACCCGAACGUUCCAAUGUGGACUUCGAACAGCCCGAGUUCGAACCCGAAAACUCCCGAAGGGAUUUGGACGGUUACGGGACGGAUUUGGAAAAAGACCACGUGUUACCCACCUCGGCCCCGGCGGCGGACAUUUUGAAAAAUAACAACAACCGGCAGUACGGAAAUCCUAACAGAUACAACAACGACCGGAUACGUCCAGACGUCAACUCCCCCCACGAGCAAGUCACCGAGAACAUCUACAAAACCACGACCACCUACAACCUGCUGCGCAACGUCAAACCGACCAAAUCGAUCUACAGCAAAGCAUCCCCCAGCUACAUCCCACCCAGCAGGGCCUUCUUCACUCCCCCCUUACCUCCGGCCUUACAAAACCCUUACGCGGACAAGCCUACUUUACGCGGCACUAAUUCGGACAGUUUCGUGAAUCGACGGCCUAUACCACCACCCUCUUUGAUGCCCACCAAGGACCGAAUACCCUUCAGACCUGACUUACCAAAAGUCAAUGUGGAGAAGGCACCAUCAAGGCCAGAAGUACAACCGAGACCUAGUAAAGAUGAGAAAACUGAGAAGAAGAAGAGUUUGAAUACCCCCAGUCAGAGUGGCCGUUUGGGGGAUUUUUAUGGGAGUAAGAACGAUAGUAUAAGCAGUUUUGAGUAUGAGAAGAACAAUGUGCCUAGUAUCACGAGGAUUUUGAGCGGGAGUAACGGGAGGCACGACGAUAUUCCUGAUAUUUUAUUAAGAACGGUGACUGCGAACCCGAACGUGGAUCGGAUUGAGAAAGUUGCUAAAACAAGAGCUCCCUCGGCUGAGCCGAGUCUCAAGAGGCAAGAGGAGCCCAAGUUUGAGGCUCCAGCGGAGGAGUACCCUUCUCCGGAGGAACCGCCAGGGGGAACAAAGAAGGAGGUUCUUUCAGAGAGUGUCACGGUGAAAAAGGACGUUAGCGGAGCCCCAGUGCCCGACCAGAAAAAGACUGUUUACGUCGAAGACGUCACCACUCAAAUGUCCGAUAGUGUGAACCUACCCAACGUCAAAGAAAAGGACGCAAACGUGACCGCAGUGGGCUCAGAUCAGAUCUGGCUGAUCUGCUGGAACGUCCAUGUCUACUUAGUGGUCGUCGGUUACAUCUUACUGGCAGCGUUCAGCAUAUUUAAGCUGAUCCGCUACGAGAACGACCCACACAUGUUCUCCAAAUCUUACUUCUUAACCAUCCACCUUAUGCUCACAGUCAUUUGCGUCCUAAGGAUCUUCUAUCUCAUCUACGACCCUUAUAACGAGCACAAGAGCUUCAACAUAUUCCUCUACGACUUUUUGCACACGUUUCCCUUAAGCCUGCUGGCCACCACCUUCGCCGUUCUGAUUCUCUUCCUGCUGAAACGCACUCUGACCCACUUGGAAGUGAAAACCAGACCGGUGAUCCUGGUGGUGUUCGCUUUGCUGCACAUCCUCCUCUGCUUCUGCUUAAGCAUCUUUGAAUCGUUGGGAAUCGGCUUGGAGAGGGCGUCAGUGUGCAAGCCGGUCUUCGUACUGCUCGCCUGGGCUUUGGGAUUCAGUUAUCUCUACUUGUAUCGGAUUAUCAAGAACGUGUUGGCGAAAAAGAGUCAGAACUUAUCGGAGAUGUGCACCCAAAACAUCUCUUACGCCAGUCAUAUUACCAUUGCCGUAGCCCUCUUGUUUAUUCUCUUGGGACUGGUGCAGCUGUACGCCUUGUUCUUUAUUAAAGUCGAUAAGUUCACUGUGCCCCACCAUUGGAUCCUAUGGGGGUUCGAGUUGAGCGUGAGAUUUAUAGAGAUCUCCAUUAUAACCCUCUUGGCUAUCGUGGUGAGCCUGAGGAUGUCCCAGAGGGAGAAACAGGCCUCCGGCGGGUUCCCGCUGUUCCCUUGCACCACAAGUGACUCUAGCACCGACAACAUUUACCCGAACAAUUGCACCACGAACCCUAACGCACUGAAUUACAGUAGGCAGGAGAUGAUUUUGGAUAAUAUCCCGGCAGAACCUAUAGAGAGGCCCAAUUUGUUAAAGAACGCCUUCCAGAACGAUUCUUUUGACAAGAAAAGUACCCUGGAGAGGUAUCAGAGUGACUCUGAAAGGAACUCGAACUUUGACAGGUUCGAGAGGCCCAAGUGGGGCUCGGAUCGCUUCGAUUCCAGACAAAAUAUGGAUCAGAGCAGUUUGAGUAGUAACUUCGGGCAGCCGAGCAGCGGCAACUUUGACCGAACCGGCCACAACUCCUUGCAUAACUCCAUUAGGAACGACAUAAGGAACUCGGGAAGGAAACACUAUGAACCGGCAGCAAAGUACUACACGGGCAACAAUGAAGAGUACCAGAACGAUAUUCUAGCGAACUCCGAAAGGAACAUUUAUAGUGAACCCCUGGAUAACCCUCAGGGGCAUCAGUACGAACGGACCAGACACGAGUUCGAGAGGAACGACUUCGAGAGGAGGAGUCGUAACUCUACGAACACGUCGGGGCGUAGAUCAACGGGUAGGUCGCGGAAGAACCACCCCAGGCCCCACUUGGGGAUCCAGACGUUGCCGAACCACGACAGGAACCAAACGAUGCUGGUGGACGAGCAGGGGUUCGUGCGGUUUAAGGCCCUGCGGGGGGAUCAGAACCACUUUUCGGAUGCAUAAUGUUUGAUCCGCGCAGGGAAGAAAUCUACUAAAGGGGAGGUUUUUCUAUAAAGUGAGACAGGAAUGGGGUUUUUUUGGUGUAGAGGUUUUUGGGGCGGAUUAAAUGGUCGUUAAGGGUCUUUUCUGAAUACAUUUUUAGGGAUUUUCUGGGGUUUUGGGGGAAUUGUUGGUGGUACUGAAAAUUGGUUUUUAUUGUUGGAUUGCCUAAGGGAAAUUAGCGGAAAUGAGUGUGAUAUCCACGGUUUUUUGGCAAAAAUAUUAAUGCAACAUUAAAUGCUAACAGUACCUUACUAAAACUACCUAAAAAAAAUAUUUAAAAUUUAAACACAAAUAGAUAUAAGGAGCAUUUAAAUAAAAUAAUUAAAAUUAAAAUAAUUGAAACUAGCCCAAAAUAAAACCUAACUUAAUAAAAUAUAGAAUUUAUAGAACCACUGGUGGUACCAAAAAUCUAAUUUCACCAAUAGAUUCUACAGGCAAAAACAGUUAAAAACGAGUACCAUGUCGAUGAAUUUAUUUUGAUUUUUAAAAAAGUUUUUUGAUUCUGAGAGAACCAUUGGCGGUACCAAAAAUUUUAUUACACCAUUGAAUUCCCCAGACAAAAUCAGCUGAAAACGAGUACCAUAUCAACGAACAAAUAUAAAAAAAAGUUCAUUUCUGAGAAAAUCAUUGAUGGUACCAAAAGUCUAAUAACACAUCAGCUGAAAAUGAGUACCAUGUCAACGAAAAAUCUUAAUUUAAAAAAAAAAAGCUUAUUUCUGUGAGAACCAUUGAUGGUACCAAAAAUCUAAUUACACCAAUGAAUUUUGUGGACAAAAUCAGCUGAAAACAAGUACCAUGUCGCUGGAUUUAUUUUGAUUUUUAAAAAAGUUUCUUGAUUCUGAGAGAACCAUUGGCGGUACCAAAAAUUCAAUUACAUUAUUGAAUUCCCCAGACAAAAUCAAUUGAAAACGGGUAACAUGUCGACGAAAAAAUUUCGAUUUUUUAAAAAAAGUUAAUUUUUGGGAGAACUAUUGAUGGUACCACUAAUCUAAUUUCACCAUUGGAAUCCUUAGACAAAAUCAGCUGAAAAUGGGCACCAUGUUGAUGGAUUUAUUUUGAUUUUUAAAAAGGUUUUUUGAUUAUAGAGGAACCAUUGAUGGUACCAAAAAUCUAGUUACACCAUUGAAUUCCCUAGGCAAAAUUUGCUGAAAACGAGUACCAUGUCGAUAGAAAAAUUUAGAUUUUUUGAAAAAAAGUUCAUUUCUGAGAGAACCAUUGAUGGUACCAAUGAUCUAUUUUCACCAUUGGAAUCUUUAGACAAAAUCAGCUGAAAAUGGGUACCAUGUUGAUGGACUUAUUUUGUUUUGUAAAAAAGUUUUUUGAUUGUGGGAGAACCAUUGAUGGUACCAAAAAUCUAAUUACACCAUUGAACAUUGUAAACAAAAUCAACUGAAAACGAGUACCAUGUCGACGGAAAAAUUUUUGAUUUUUUAAAAAAAAGUUAAUUUUUGAGAGAACCGUUGAUGGUACCAAUAAUCUAAUUUCACCAUUGAAAUCCCUAGACAAAAUUAGCUGAAAACGAGUACCAUGUCGCUGAAUUUAUUUUGAUUUUUAAAAAAGUUUUUUGAUUCUGAGAGAACCAUUGAUGGUACCAGAAAUCUAUCUUUACUAUUGAAUUCUCUAUAAAAAAUCAGUUGAAAACGAGUACCAUGUCGAUGGAAUUAUUUUUAUUUUUAGUAAAGUUCUUUUGAUUCUGCCAGAACCAUUGAUGGUACCAAAAAUCUAAUUCCACCAUUGAAAUCCCUAGACAAAAUCAGCUAAAAACGAGUCCCAUGUCGGUGAAUUUAUUUUGAUUUUUAAAAAAGUUUUUUGAUUCUGAGAGAACCAUUGAUGGUACCAGAAAUCUAUCUUUACUAUUGAAUUCUCUAUAAAAAAUCAGUUGAAAACGAGUACCAUGUCGAUGGAAUUAUUUUUAUUUUUAAUAAAGUUCUUUUGAUUCUGCCAGAACCAUUGAUGGUACCAAAAAUUUAAUUUCACCAGUGAAAUCCCUAGACAAAAUCAACUAAAAACGAGUACCAUGUCACUGAAUUUAUUUUUAUUUUUUGAGAAAAAGUUCAUUUUUGAGAGAACCGUUAAUGGUACCAAUAAUCUAAUUUCACCAUUGAAAUCCCUAGACAAAAUCAGCUAAAAACGAGUACCAUGUCACUGAAUUUAUUUUGAUUUUUAACAAAAUUUUUUGAUUCUGAGAGAACCAUUGGUGGUACCAAAAAUCUAACUUCACUAUUGAAUUCUCUAUAAAAAAUCAGCUGAAAACGAGUACCAUGUCGAUGGAAUUAUUUUUAUUUUUAGUAAAGUUCUUUUGAUUCUGCCAGAACCAUUGAUGGUACCAAAAAUCUAAUUCCACCAGUGAAAUCCCUAGACAAAAUCAGAUAAACCGAUUACCAUGUUCCUGAAUUUAUUCUGAUUUUUAAAAAAGUUUUUUGAUUCUGAGAGAACCAUUGAUGGUACCAGAAAUCUAAUUUUACCAUUGAAUUCUCUACAAAAAAUCAGCUGAAAACGAGUACCAUGUCGAUGGAAUUAUUUUUAUUUUUAAUAAAGUUCUUUUGAUUCUGCCAGAACCAUUGAUGGUACCAAAAAUUUAAUUUCACCAGUGAAAUCCCUAGACAAAAUCAGCUAAAAACGAGUCCCAUGUCGGUGAAUUUAUUUUGAUUUUUAAAAAAGUUUUUUGAUUCUGAGAGAACCAUUGAUGGUACCAGAAAUCUAUCUUUACUAUUGAAUUCUCUAUAAAAAAUCAGCUGAAAACGAGUACCAUGUCGAUGGAAUUAUUUUUAUUUUUAGUAAAGUUCUUUUGAUUCUGCCAGAACCAUUGAUGGUACCAAAAAUCUAAUUCCACCAUUGAAAUCCCUAGACAAAAUCAGCUAAAAACGAGUCCCAUGUCGGUGAAUUUAUUUGGAUUUUUAAAAUUUUUUUUUGAUUCUGAGAGAAUCAUUGAUGGUACCAAAAGUCUAAUUACACCAUUGAGUUUUGUAAACAAAAUCAGCUGAAAACGAGUACCAUGUUGACGGAAAAAUUUUUGAUUUUUUAAAAAAAAGUUGAUUUUUGAGAGAACCGUUGAUGGUACCAAUAAUCUAAUUUCACCAUUGAAUUCUCUAUAAAAAAUCAGCUGAAAACGAGUACCAUGUCGAUGGAAUUAUUUUAAUUUUUAAAAAAGUGGCACAAUUCUAGGAUGUUUGUACCACAAUAUGGACAACAAAAAUCUCGCUUUAAUAACCCGCUUUUUAGACCCAAAACGACCAUUUUCUCGCGUCAUUAUUAUAAUUUGGAUAAACGUUUCGUUCCUUCUCAUAAAAACCUUUCGUUUGUAGACGUUUUCUCUGUUGCAACGGAUUUUAUGGUGACAUAAUUUUUUAAAACACAUUUUCACACGGUAUAGAGCUCUGGCCUAAAAAGAAAACGCGAUUUUUCUACCAUAGGGGCAUUCGAAAAGUAUUUUAGCAACACACGUGACAAUAUUUCGAAUUUUUUUUUAGCUUUAAUAAUAGUUAUUAAAAAGAAAAACAAAUUAUUUAUUUAUUUGGUUGCAAAGUGCUCUUUUAAAACUUCUUCUUAGGGCCGGGGGGCUCCUUUUAAAGCCCUUUUCGAUACUAGACAUUAUAUUAUAUGAUAAUAAUAUUAAUAAUAAUAAUUAGGUAGAUUUUCAAAGACGAGUUUAUAAGUUUUUCUCCCUGUAUAAGUGAUAUUAAAGAAAAUACUCUAUAACACGCAUUUUUUUCGUUUAAAUGUUUAUUAAGAUAAUAUUUAAAAAAUUAAAACACUAUAUGGUUGUUAGAGAUAUUCGCCCAGGGGUUGGUUAUACAGGCCUGUAUCGCCAAACAAAAAAAAAAAAAACAUUAUUAUAUUUAAAAGUAGUCAUAUAAAUUGUAUAAAUAAAUAUAACCUGUACAUAAGGGGACGACGUUUAAUUUUUAUAACGAUACAGGGUGUUUAAGAAAAAAUAUACUAAUAGAUGCUAAAUCGUGUUGUAUACAAUGUGCUCCCUGUAUAUUCUUAUUUAUUAACAAAAAAAGAGGAAAAUGUUUCGACUGAAUAUUCUUGCGUUCGUCUGUUCUUGAAAUUGACUAUACUACCGUCCUAUUAAGCGUUUGUAAGACCUGCUUAAGGUUUUAUAUAUUUUUUUUAAAUGUCAAGGAACUUACAGAAGCAAAAGCCCUUAAGGUGUUUUUGCUUGAUGGCCCUUGACCUUUUCACCCCUAAGAGAGGGUUCUUAAUGUCACCCCAGGGGUAGUUACAUUUCUUGACAUUUAUGCUUUUUUUUGUACUAUAAUUGUAUGUAUAUAGUUGUACUAAAAAUGAUUUGCCAACUAUUUACACUUGCCAUUUUAUUUUUAUUUUACUUUGUACAUUUUUUUUACAGUAUUAAUGUUUUGUGACGCUAUAGAAAAAGUACGUUGUUUUUUGGUUGUUUUGUGGGAAAACUGCUUUAUGGGUUCCCCCCCCCAACCCCCCCCCUCCCGUUUUAGAUAGAGUUGUCUUAUGUGUACAAGGGUGGCUUAAUGUGUAAUGGGAUUUUGGAAUUUUAAUAAUAUGUUUAAAAAAUCAUCCUGAGUACCAUUGUAAUUAAAAAAAAAUCGAUUUUUCGUGUUUUUAGGAAAAUUAUUGAUGGUAGCAAAAAUCUGAUUUUACCAGAAGAUUAUUUGAGAAAAGUUAAUUGAAAACGAGUAUUAUGUAAAUGGUAAAAAUUUUGAUCUAAAAAAAAGGUUUUUGGGUAAACCGCUGAUGGUACCAAAGAUCUUAUUUCACCAUUGGAUUCUACAGGUAAAAACAGUUAAAAACGAGUUGCAUGUCGUUGGAUUUAUUUUGAUUUUUAGAAAAAAAAAUAUUUUUGAGAGAAUCAUUGAUGGUACCAAAAAUCUAAUUUCAUCAUUGAAUUCUCUAGACAAAAUCAGCUAAAAACGAGUACCAUGUCGAUGGAUUUAUUUUGAUUUUUAAUAUGGUUUUUUUGAUUCUGAGAGAACCAUUGGUGGUACCAAAAAUCUAACUUCACCAUUGAAUUCUCUACAAAAAAUCAGCUGAAAAUGAGUACCAUGUCGAUUGAAUUAUUUUGAUUUUUAAUAAGGUUUUUUUGAUUCUAAGAGAACCAUUGAUGGUACCAAAUAUCUAAUUUUACCAUUGAAUUCUUUACAAAAAAUCAGCUGAAAACGAGUACCAUGUCGUUGGAAGUAUUUUCAUUUUUAAUAAGUUUUUUUUGAUCCUGAGAGAACCAUUGAUGGUACCAAAAAUCUAACUUCACCAUUGAAUUCUCUACAAAAAAUCAGCUGAAAAUGAGUACCAUGAUGAUGGAAUUAUUUUGAUUUUUAAUAAGGUUUUUUUGAUUCUGAGAGAACCAUUGAUGGUACCAAAAAUCUAAUUUCACCAUUGAAUUCUCUACAAAAAAUCAGCUGAAAAUGAGUACCAUGUCGAUGGAAUUAUUUUGAUUAAAAAAAAAUAUUUUUGAGAGAACCAUUGAUGGUACCAACAAUCUAACUUCACCAUCGAAUUCUCUACAAAAAAUCAGCUGAAAACGAGUACCAUGUCGUUGGAAGUAUUUUCAUUUUUAAUAAGUUUUUUUUGAUCCUGAGAGAACCAUUGAUGGUACCAAAAAUCUAACUUCACCAUUGAAUUCUCUACAAAAAAUCAGCUGAAAAUGAGUACCAUGAUGAUGGAAUUAUUUUGAUUUUUAAUAAGGUUUUUUUGAUUCUGAGAGAACCAUUGAUGGUACCAAAAAUCUAAUUUCACCAUUGAAUUUUCUACAAAAAAUCAGCUGAAAAUGAGUACCAUGUCGAUGGAAUUAUUUUGAUUAAAAAAAAAUAUUUUUGAGAGAACCAUUGAUGGUACCAACAAUCUAACUUCACCAUCGAAUUCUCUACAAAAAAUCAGCUAAAAAUGAGUACCAUGUCGAUGGAAUUAUUUUCAUUUUUAAUAAGGUUUUUUUGAUUCUGAGAGAACCAUUGAUAGUACCAAAAAUCUAAUUUUAUCAUUAAAUUCCCUAGACAAAACCAGCUAAAAACGAGUACCAUGUCCAUGGAAUUAUUUUGAUUUUUAAUAGGGGUUUUUUGAUUCUGAGAGAACUAUUGAUGGUACCAAAAAUCUAAUUUCACCAUUAAAUUCUCUACAAAAAAUCAGCUGAAAAUGAGUACCAUGUCGAUGGAAUUAUUUUGAUUUUUAAUAAGGUUUUUUUGAUUCUGAGAGAACCAUUGGUGGUACCAAAAAUCUAACUUCACUAUUGAAAUCUCUACAAAAAAUUAGCUGAAAAUGAGUACCAUGUCGAUGGAAGUAUUUUCAUUUUUAAUAAGGUUUUUUUGAUUCUGAGAGAACCAUUAGUGGUACCAAAAAUCUAACUUCAGCAUUGAAUUCUCUACAAAAAAUUAGCUGAAAAUGAGUACCAUGUCGAUGGAAGUAUUUUCAUUUUUAAUAAGGUUUUUUUGAUUCUGAGAGAACCAUUAGUGGUACCAAAAAUCUAACUUCAGCAUCGAAUUCUCUACAAAAAAUCAGCUGAAAAUGAGUACCAUGUCGAUGGAAGUAUUUUCAUUUUUAAUAAGGUUUUUUUGAUUCUGAGAGAACCAUUAGUGGUACCAAAAAUCUAACUUCAGCAUCGAAUUCUCUACAAAAAAUCAGCUGAAAAUGAGUAUCAUGUCGAUGAAAGUAUUUUCAUUUUUAAUAAGGUUUUUUUGAUUCUGAGAGAACCAUUGAUAGUACCAAAAAUCUAAUUUUAUCAUUAAAUUCCCUAGACAAAAUCAGCUAAAAACGAGUACCAUGUCGAUGGAAUUAUUUUGAUUUUUAAUAAGGGUUUUUUGAUUCUGAGAGAACUAUUGAUGGUACCAAAAAUCUAAUUUCACCAUUGAAUUCUCUACAAAAAAUCAGCUGAAAAUGAGUACCAUGUCGACGGAAUUAUUUUCAUUUUUAAUAAGGGUUUUUUGAUUCUGAGAGAACCAUUGAUGGUACCAAAAAUCUAAUUUCACCAUUGAAUUCUCUACAAAAAAUCAGCUGAAAAUGAGUACCAUGUCGACGGAAUUAUUUUCAUUUUUAAUAAGGUUUUUUUGAUUCUGAGAGAACCAUUAGUGGUACCAAAAAUCUAAUUUCACCAUUGAAUUCUCUACAAAAAAUUAGCUGAAAACGAGUACCAUGUCGAUUGAAUUAUUUUCAUUUCUAAUAAGGUUUUUUUUGAUUCUGAGAGAACCAUUGAUGGUAUCAAAAAUCUAAUUUCACCAUUGAAUUCUCUACAAAAAAUUAGCUGAAAAUGAGUACCAUGUCGAUGGAAUUAUUUUGAUUUAAAAAAAAUAUUUUUGAGAGAACCAUUGAUGGUACCAACAAUCUAACUUCACCAUUGAAUUCUCUAUAAAAAAACGAGUACCAUGUCGACAGAAAAAUUUUGAUUUUUAAAAAUGAUUCUUAUUUCUGGGAGAACCGUUAAGGGUACCAUAAUUCUAAUUUCAGAAUUGAAUUUUCCAAAAUAAACGCAAAACAGAUAGAAAACUAGUACCGUGCCAAAACUUCAAAAUUUCUUUUUUUUUAAAUAUUAAAUUUUUAAUGUCCGAAUUUUGUUUGCAACCGCAAAUUUUUCAAAAUCCCAAUAAAGCUUCGAAGCUAGGCCACCCUGUACACUAUUAUUUCUCCUAUUGACCUUUUUGGGCCCCUGUAUAGAAUAAGAAACGAGUUAAAGGGGUGCAUUCCUAGACUUUGACAAGUAGGUUUUUUUUCAUGUACAUAAUAUACAGAGUAUUGCAGAAAAUUAAAAAAAAAAAAAACUUUUCAAUGGGACACCCUAUAUUUAAUUUUCCAAAAAAAAAACAUAUUUAUAGAGGAUCUAUAGUUGGAAAAAAUAAAAGUGUUUUUUAUUUUCUGCCUCACCCUGUAUUAUAAAAAAAAGCCUCCUAACAGGGUGGCCCAAAUACGUUAAGAACCGACCCUGUGGUAUAACAACUGAAAAAAAAGAGCAAAAUACACAGAGUGUGUCAAAACAUACACGUUUUCGCCUCAAAGUAAUUUUUUAAGGCAAAAUUCAGACGCCCUGUAUAUUGGACGCCUGUAAAGUGUUUUUUCAUACCUUGGCUUCGCUAUUUUCUUCAUAAAAAAAUGGGCGUGGCUGUUGAUUGACGACAUCUCCCAGAAACCAUCAUCAACUCGACUUUAAUUACUUCUCACGUGCAAGGAGGCUUUUUAAGAAAAACCUUUAAUUUAAUGAUUGAUGCGUUGCCAUCUCGGUCUGGCACACAGUUCGCGCCAUAUUUUCAUCUCUGUCGCACUCAUUGUGAUGUCAUGAAGUAAGACAUUUUUUGACAAAAAAAAAAUGGCGAUAGUUCCUAAAAGACGAUUUUAAAAUGCCACUUGUUACUCUUUAAAAACAAACACUAAACUGCCAGUGUCCCUAUUUUUUUUCAGUUGUUACACCCUGUAUAUUUUUUUAUUAUAAUGGUGUGUCCUAUUCUGCAACAUUCCUCGUUUGUCCAUGUAUGUAAUAGUUUAAUUUAUUUAUUGAAAAAAGGAGCAUGACAAAAAAAAUGUGAUAUAAAGGGUUCCUGGACUGUUGUAAAUCGAACUCUGUGUGACACAUCCCGUUGUCAUACCCUGUAUAUAAAAAAAUGGCUUUUUGUUCCUUUUUUUAUUGACUCUCUCUCUCUCUCUCUCUCUUAAACGUACUUAUAAUAGGCAGCUAACGUUCACUAUCUCUCUUUUUGCCAGUAUUUUAUAUAAAUAUAUAUACGUGCAUAUAGUAUAUGAUAUUAUGUAUUUGUUUUUUCAAAUCUCAAUGUCUGCAGAAAGAAUUAUAUUUAAAGCGAAAGUUGAGCAUAUAGUGACUUAGGUAAAUGUUUUCGAAUUUUAUAUAAGAAAAAUGCAAAGAAUGUAGAUAUUGCGAUUUUUCGAAAUGAUUCGCGACUUUUUUUUUUGUACAUAGUAUAUGUGAUGAAAUGAUCCUUUUUAAAAAUCGAAAUAUUUAUGUAACCGAUUCGAUUUUUUGUUGUAUAUUAUAACUGUAAAAUAUAAACAUAUUAUGAUAUGUA